GCGCGGCGGGGCUCCCCGGCAGCGGGAGGGUCGGAGAGUGACUCUCGGAGCUGAGCCGUGCUGGUGCGGGCCCGGCGCAGCGGGAACGCAGCGCUCGCACCCCCGGCGUCCAUGGAGAAGGGCCCGCCGCCGGCGGAGAAGCCGCGGGGAGCGCGGUGCGCCAACGGGUUCCCCGGGCGGGAGCCGCCGCGGCCCCCCGACGCCAAGGGCGCACCGCCCGCCGCAGCCUGGAAGGCCGGGCGGCCCCGCAGCGAGGAGGACAACCAGCUGAACCUCCCCAGCCUGGCCGCCGCCUACUCGUCCAUCCUGCGCUCGCUGGGCGAGGACCCCCAGCGGCAGGGGCUGCUCAAGACGCCCUGGAGGGCGGCCACCGCCAUGCAGUUCUUCACCAAGGGGUACCAGGAGACCAUCUCAGAUGUCUUGAAUGAUGCUAUAUUUGAUGAGGAUCAUGACGAGAUGGUGAUUGUGAAGGACAUAGAUAUGUUUUCCAUGUGUGAACAUCACCUCGUUCCGUUUGUGGGAAGGGUCCAUAUUGGUUAUCUUCCUAACAAGCAAGUCCUUGGUCUCAGCAAACUUGCCAGGAUUGUAGAGAUCUAUAGCAGAAGACUACAAGUUCAGGAGCGCCUCACCAAACAAAUCGCGGUGGCCAUCACAGAAGCCCUGCAGCCUGCUGGUGUUGGGGUAGUCAUCGAAGCCACACACAUGUGUAUGGUAAUGCGAGGCGUGCAGAAGAUGAACAGCAAGACUGUCACCAGCACCAUGCUGGGCGUGUUCCGGGAAGACCCAAAGACCCGGGAGGAGUUCCUCACGCUCAUCCGGAGCUGAGCUUCUGCCUGGUUUGCAGGCCUUGCUGCCACCGCCAUUCUCUUCCAGUUUCAACUGCUCUGCAUGUGAACUUCAUUUCUCACCAUGAAUCGUAUUUAAUAAUUAUUUAUAGAUAUGUCAAAUAAAAGUAAUCAACUAAAGGAUGAGCCUGCUUUCUUCUCGCCACCUUCUUAGUGGUGAGGUCAAAGUGAAACGCCAAGAGUUAAAUGUGUCUGCUGGUUACAAACACGACUGCUGCUCAGAUUCCCCGAGGAUGCUGGGAAGGAGGAAAACUCAUGCGUUUGUUUGAGGUCAUUGUUGACUCAUUAGCAGAGGGCACUGUGCUUCUCCUGCCUCCAGUGGACAGAGCGUAACGCUGAAGGAAGCGUGGAGACAGUGGAUGUGCGGAGAGCAGUAGAUCCACAGACAGCAUUCCCGCGUUGAUCGUGUUUGUGAACGGGACAUUUUAUUCUUGACAUAUUUAUUAACUGUCCAGCUAUAGUGCCACUCUAUGAGGGAGGCUGAUGGGAUAUCUGUCUUUAAUGGUGUGAGUUAAAAAGGCGCAUUUUCACCUUCUGUGUUUUACAAUCUGAGUAGAGGGAUUGGCUUCCUGGAGAUGUUUGAGUUUUUUCUCAAUUUAUUCAUGAGUUUAUUCUCAUACAUGGAGGUAGAAGGUUGACUCUGUGCCUUGAUGACUAUCAUGCCAUUUGAGUGUAGCUACUUUUGCCAUCUUUGAAGAAAGCCAUUACUUAAGUGCCAACUCUGCACGUCGCUGAUUUUCUGUUAGAAGUUCUUGGGAGUUUACUUUGUCUAUUCCAAGGAGAUGUUUCAAAGCAUUUUCAAAACUCUUAUGAAGUAUUUUUCUAAUUAUUUUCAGGAUCUUUUGAAACUGCCUGUCUUUCCAGCUGUGCAGACUCCCAGCCCCUCUGAACUGGAAGGAGCUAGAAUGGGCAGAGGGAGGUUUGCACGCGAGCUGUGCUGUCAGUGUCUGUGAAGAUACACCAGGGAUUUGGGUCUAGAUCCCUUCCUGGGUGUGUCCUGUCUCGGGUGUGUCCAGUACACAGUAGCUGUCCAGAAUGGGUGGCUUGUUACCACUUUAAAUAUUCUCUCUGGGGCAGUGAGGGCUGGUUAAGUCACAGCGAUUCUUGCUCUCCUGCACAAACACGAGCAUAGCUAUUCCAGGAAGGGUUCUCUCACUGGCUGGUAGAGUGCUCCGUAAAUGCAUUCCUCUUUAACUGUAUCACUGCCUCUUCGAUACUCAUCAUGGUGAAGCAAGAGCUGUUUUUUUAUCUCUACUCUUCCCUAGUACUGUCUAUAUUCAGAGUCUCCAAAGUAUAGUCAGGUUGAUUUUGAGUUCCCUUUGGGAUGCGACCUGAUAGCAAUGUUAGCCCAAUUGCUAUUUCACCAUUUCUAGGUAGGAUGCCAAGUACUUAACUCAUGUUUGGUAUUUUAAAGUAAAUAAAACAAACCAGUGUGACUUGACUUAGAGGACCAAAGAAAUGGUUAGAUGCACCUUGGUCUUUCUUGGGCGAUCAUUUGUCUGAAUGGCUGUUGGAUCAUUCUCUAGACAAAGGCUAUCGUUCUCCUCAGUGUCUGCAAACAACCUUGUCUGCUUCACUCUGGUCUGUAGAGUGCUUCAAAAUUACCUUUUUACAUCCAUGACACCAAGUCCAUUUGGGGGAUUUUUAAAAAGAAUUUGGUGUAUUUAAAUAUACUGUUCAAUUACAUGGUUUGGAUUUUCUGUAUGUGUAUGUAUAUUGCUGAGGUUGUUUCUAUUUAAAUGAUUAAAGUGUUAUAACUUUA